AUGGGGUCGCGUGGCAGAUGUCUAACGUCGGUUGGGAUCGGGGCAGAUGUGUCUGCCUGGGCAGCUUCGGUAUUGAAAAAGAGGCCGGCGGCACAUUUCAUCAAAUGGAACGCCAUGGGACAGAAGGGAUCGAAAGCGAAGGAUACCAAACCGAAAACCCCGGCUUCCACGGGUCGUUCUCCACUGAAUAAUGCCACCUACUGGGAAGCCGAAGAAGACCCUGAUUGGGACAAUUGCGUGAUGGUGGUUGCCACUCAGAAGGGUCGUCGUUAUCCAACUCUUACCUCUGCUUGCAGCACAGAUUCUUUGGCGAGGUCCCUCCACAAGGAGGUCGACUAUUCGCCUGUGAAUGUCAGCCGGAGGUCUCCAGACCAUAACAUGAGUCCGAUGGCUCCUCUGGCACCGGACAGCAAGUACCCGUCAUCCGGACAGCGAAAACGACAGAAUACUGUCCUCGAUACUGGAUGGCACGCUUGUUUCAAGAACAACAAUUAUGUCUUCGUGCGAAACACAAACGGAGAUGUAAACAGUCAGUUUGGUGAGAAGUGGAAAGAAAAUAAUGAUUCGAACGUGACUUUCAUUAUUUCCACAACAAAACCAAUUCAUGAGGGGAAAGAAGAGAAACUGGUCGUUUCUUUGAGCGAUCCCAAAUCAAAAAUCAGACGAUGCACCCCGUCACCUCCACCUUGCGAAGACCUGCCCACGAAAAAGACUCCAAAGACAAAUCCCAGUAAAAAUGGAACUCUGGACAAAAGGUCUGAAAAGAAAAGAACUCCUAACUGGUUGAGAAGGUUGAGAAAUUCAGGUAGAAACCGACAUCUGAAAGUUGAAGCAAGUGAAGAAGAAACAAUUCAUAUAUUAGGCUCCAACACAGAUGAAUCACCAGAUUCUGAAGUUUCAGCCGUGCCUCUUCAGACCAAAUUGAACAUUUCACCGACAUUGACAAAGACAUCAGAUUAUUCUUCAUCCUCACAUUCGCUUAAAGAACCAGAAGAUCGCGUUCACACUCCAUCCACCCCUGUCUUGGGAUCAACUCAAGACUUAACUGUUAGAGGUCUGCAGACCAGCACUCCAAAGGACCAGGCCGAAAAAGUGCUCAGAGAUGUACCUCGGAAAAGUGGUACACCGUACAGACCUCUUGAUGCCAAGUUGUCCGUUCGCCGGCGUUUGCCGUACGACAAUAUAACACCUGAAACAAAAUCAAACUCCCUGCACACGUCAAUUGUUGUGCGAAGUCCGACAGAUGAUUUGUUGACAGGUGUAGUAGAAGAAAAACGAGUAAGUCCCAGCCUCGAAAUACCUAUCAGUCCAAUCAAAAGAAAUGUCCCAUCCCCGCAGUCUGGUGAGAACUGUAAUUCUGUUACGGCAAAGGUAGAUCGUCUCCAAAGACAAGCCAACUGCUUUCAAAACAAAAAAUCUUCGGAUAGCAAGGGCAGCAAUCAAAUCUGUAUUUUCCUAGAAGGGAGGGGUAAUGGCAAACAGCUGGAUAAAAACCGAGGAAGUUCUGUGAUUGAUACAUCAUCACUAAUCCAACCCCCUCCAGGUUUUGAAAAACAACCUAUCGAAACUUCGAAGGUUGAAAAUCGUCUUCAUCCUAGUUCUUCGAACACAGAUAUUCCCUUUGCAGAUUCUGAUAUAGACGUUUCAUUUGAUGACAGACGAAGCAGAAGGAUUAUGAAACAGAAAGAAGCUGUAGUUAAAACUUCAAAAUCGACAGCUGAUAUAUCUUUCCAGGAAGAAGAAACGAAAGAGCAAGAGGCAAAAAGUAUUCCAUACUUCACAUCAGUUACAUCAAUCAUUCUAUCGCCAAAUGCUAAAUGUCGGUCGUACAGCGAACCAUGCAUCAGUAUCAAAAAGAAACAACUUCAUAUGAGUCCAAUGGAAGAUGAAGAAAAUACCUCUUUAGAACACCACGAAAAACAUUUGAUCCCCAAUGAAGAUUCCACUCUUAAGGAACCUAUGAGCCCAAUGGAAGAAGAAGAAAAUCGGUCUUUAAAUCGCUCUUAUACAAAAUUUAUAACAAGUCCUGAUGACCCAACUGUUACGUUCUCACCAUACACUCCUGUGAAACGACCAUCUGUGGAAGGUCCGCUGUCAUGUUGGCUGAAGCAGAUUCGUUUCUUAACAGAAAGCGAGUGUUUAAAUGCACUGCAGGCCAAAGAACUCCUCAAAGAAGACUGGAUUCCUAAUGCAUUAGCUGUUGGAAAUGCGCAAGAGACUUCUGAAAAGAUAUGGGAAGUAGGCACUGCAAUUCAGCAACAUGUCGAAGAGAUGAUGGAAUGUCUGAAAUCUGAAAAACCAACGUCGGAGCCUUUGUCUCUAAAAGUGGCGCAGUUCUGCUCAUCUGUUGUUGAGCUACUCAACAUGACGAGUACCAUCAAGCAAGUUACACAGGCCGAAGCAAGAAUAAGGAAAGCAUGCGCAGAUCUCUUGGAUGCAGUCAACAAAGGUGACAACGGGAAGGAAUGGAAGAAUAAAAUAAAAUUGGAACUCGAAUGCUUGCAAAAAGUUGCACAAGUGAUGGUACAACAACUGCUUUUGAGCCAACUGCAUGUGAUAGUCGACUGCGUAGAGAGAGCCGAAAAUAUCAACAACCUGAAAAGAAGUGUAUUUGCUGUCAUUCUUCUGGGAAGGGUUAACCCUACCUUCUGCGAGCUCAUGACAAAGCUGGGUGCAAUCAGAUGCCUGUUGGCCAUCUGCGUCGAAACGAAAUGGAGAGAGAUGCAUCCGUGUGGCUUGAGGGCUUUGACAGUUCUCAGUUGCGUGCCUUCUGCCAUAAGAAGUUUUGAAGAAAGCGGUGGCGUGGACUGCGUCUGCGAUAUUCUCUGUGACAAGGAAUCCCAGGAGGGUGCAAGAAGCGAAGCGGCAGGAUUGGUGGCGCAAAUCACAGCUCCUUGGACCGAAGGAAGCGGGUAUGUGCUGAAAAGUGUCACCAGUAACUCCGACAGGCUGGUCAAGUCGCUUGCAGAUCUCGCCUCUAUCACAGAAAAUAGCGAAGUGUUCCUUCUUUCAUCUGCUGCACUGGCAAAUUUGUCUUUCGCCGAUGCCUCUCUCAAAAAGAUGAAAGAAUACCAAGUACUGGAAAUUCUGGUGACAGCCUGUAGGAGUAAGCCACACGCAGCGUCGCUUUUCAUCAAAGAUCAGGUGGGCACUGUGUUGGCAAACAUGGCGGCGAAAGACGAAUACCGAGAGAGCCUGUCAUCCGGCGGAAGUCUGGUGCUUCUGCUCUGCUUCUUGCAGCUGAGGCCCUCUUCGGUGCAUGGGGCGCCCCAGCUGGAGGCGUGCGAGAGAAUACAACAGAAGGCGGCCAUCGCCUUGGCAAGACUCUGCUGCAAUCCUGAGACAUCCAAUGUCGUUGCAGAAAUGCAAGGGAUACAAAGACUUGUCAAGCUGUGUAAAGAUAGGAAAGAACGUAAUGACAGCGAUUCGGUUCUUGUUGCAUGUCUGGCGGCCCUCCGGAAAAUUGCAGCAGUGCGAGCAAAGGAAGAAUUUAUUAAACUAGGAGCCCAGGAUUUAAUUGAACCUCGAUUAUGGGAUGCUUUUUUAGCACAUUCAUCCAAACGAGAGAGUUAUGUUUAAAAUGAAUAUGUACAUGUACAGCAAAAUCGUUUUUUAUUUUAUUGAUUCAAAAGAACUUAUUUUAUGUCUUCAUCCACUAAAUGAAGAAUUUUUUUUCAAUUAUUUCAAACUAUAUAGUGUUGAAGUAAUUAUUUGACUUGUAAUAUGCUUAAAAAACUCUUGUUUUUAAUUGAUUUGCUAUGAAAUUUUCAAAUGCAUUGCUUGGUUGUUAUUAAUGGUAUUUUUAAAAAAAUCUUUCUUAUCACUUAUAAUAAAAGCUAUUUUGCAGUUUUAUUGCAAAUACAAAAA